AUGACUCCAAUCGUCGAUAUAAAAAUGCACUUCAUAGUGCCAAAGCCGGCCUCUUGUCUGCUUCGUUUUGCUCUUACCUCCGGCUCCAGCCCAUCGUCGAGCAGCAGCACCGCCACAUCUACUGCAGCCAGUGCCUCACCGAUCAGUCUAAACGUGGUUGCAGGACACGUUCCACAGGGUAGCCUAGUGCCUCUUACUGAUGAUGCCAGCUCGUCUUCCGCUACCGACAUAGCCGCCCACCUCACACUGCCUGUGAUUGGACUGCGGCCCGGUAUUCGUUCUGUUCCACUGAAUAACCCCUACGGAGAGCGAAUUCAUUUGGCUGCUCUCCUGAUAGUUCUGGAGCUACGUGAGUCAGCCUCCACGAGAUACCAAUCCUUGUUGUCCUCCGGUAUGCAAUCGACACCAACCCCAGCGAUGGCGGCGACGGGAGCGCCUCAGAUUAGACAAGCCUCUGCCUCUUUGGGCACUCUUGCCCGUGGAACAGCCAACAGUGCCUUACUUCCUGUGUCCGGCGUAGCUCCAAUCGCCGCAGUUGGCGAUGCACAUUCUGUGACCUCCAGCAGCUCUCUUCAAGGGUCAUUUGUCUCGGCGGGAAGCAAUUCAUCUUUGAAUACACCCUCUACUGCUUCAACUGCUGUCUCUAUUGUCGGUCUGCCGCAUUCGACGAUUGCAUCAAACAGUUCACGCUUUCUUACCACCGUCCUGACCAACAGUUUAGGCCUACUGCCGAUUCAGCUCACCGCCAAUCCUGCCGCCGUUCGUCAGGCCAGUCUAUAUCGGGCUAAGUUGGCAUCUGGCUUGCAGAGCGCACGGAGUGUCGCAGAUGUUAUCGCAAGGGAUCCUACUAUUGCCGCGAGCUUUGAUGCUUCUACAAGUGGCAGCCUCGGCGGGCGAAUUCAGGAGGCGUCGGAAGAGACAACUGCUGCUCGUACUGCUCAUCGCGAAGAGGUGGAGGGACGAUUAACCUCGAAAAAAGAACGCGCAAAGAUGAAGAUGAACAGUCGGAUAGUAUAA